AUGGCGCCCUCGAAAGAUGGCGAAGGUUUCUCUUCCAACGCGACGGGCGAGGUCUUCAACGAGCUUGGAUGGAUGAUCCAGAAUGCUCGGGGUUACAGGAUCCACGAGGAACCAUAUGCCACUCCGCGCAAGAUAAGAGUGAUCCACAUCGGCGCGGGCGCGUCAGGCAUCACGCUUUCCAAGUUCAUCGAGGAUCGGUGCGAGAAUGUCGAGUUGCAGCUUUACGAGAAGAACAAGGACGUCGGAGGAACGUGGUUGGAGAACAGAUAUCCCGGCUGCGCUUGUGAUAUUCCUUCCGCUGCAUAUCAGUUCACCUGGGAAAGAAAUCCCAACUGGUCCCAGUACUACUCGGAAUCGCCCGAGAUCUGGCAAUAUUUCAAAGACGUCGUCGACAAGCACGGUUUGAUCAAGUACGUCAAACUUGAGCAUACUGUGACCGGGGCGUAUUGGCAACCCGAGCAAGGCGUCUGGGAGGUGCAUGUGCGGCGGCCCGAUGGCACCGAGUUUGUAGACACAUGCCACGUUCUCGUCAACGGUGGAGGCAUUCUGAAUAACUGGAAAUGGCCAGAUAUCAAGGGCCUGCAUUCAUUCAAAGGCACCCUCGUGCACAGCGCCAACUAUGAUCCCCAAAUUGACUUGACCGGCAAGCGCGUUGCUGUCAUUGGAAUUGGCAGCAGUGGCAUCCAAAUCAUAUCGAAGAUUGCGUCGCAGGUGAAGCAACUAUAUGCCUGGGUAAGAUCGCCGACGUGGAUCACGGCCGGCUUCGCUCAGAAGUUUGCUGGACCGAAUGGAGGAAAUUUCCACUAUACCGAGGAGCAGAAAAGGCGAUUUGCUGAGAACCCGGACUUAUUCCUGAAGUAUUCGAAAAUGAUCGAGUCGGAGCUGAAUGUCAGGUUCAAGUUCAUUCUAAAUGGGACACCCGAGGCCGAAGGUGCCAGAGAAUUUGCUCGGAACGAAAUGAUGCAAAAGCUUGGUACGACGAAGCCUGAGCUCCUAGAGGCUAUCAUCCCCAAGAACUUCGGUGAUCCUCAGCCCGGCAACGGCUUUCUCGAAGCGUUGAAUCAAGAGAAUGUCCAAGUCUUCACCACGCCAAUGAAAGAGAUCAACUCGGAUGGUUUCGUCGAUAGUGAAGGCCAGCAACACGAUGUGGACAUUAUCAUUUGCGCCACAGGGUUCAACACAAGCUGGAUCCCUAGGUUUCCAGUUGAAGCAAAUGGACACAGCAUUGCAAAUAUGUGGGCCAAGGAGGCCUAUUCAUACCUUUCUAUUGGAGUUCCUCACAUGCCGAAUUAUUUCAUGAUGGGUGGACCUUACGGUCCACUUGGGCACGGAUCUUUCUUGCCCAUUAUCGAGACGCUUGCAGGCAAUAUCAUCCAGUGCAUUCAAAAGAUGCAAAAGGACCGUAUAAAGAGUCUGACUCCGAAACCGGAAAUCGCCGAGCAGUUCAGAGAGCAUGCACAACUGUUCCUCAAGAGAACAGCUUGGACUUCGGGAUGUAGUUCGUGGUUCAAGCAAGGAAAAGUCGACGGACCACUGCCAAUGUUCCCUGCUUCUCGACUGGUAUAUAUGGACCUCCUUGCAACUCCCAGGUUCGAGGACUACCAGGUCGAAUAUAUGAACUCGUUGAACAUGUUUGAGUUCCUGGGCAAUGGCUUUGCGACUCGAGAGUUUGAUGGCCGUGAUCUAUCGUAUUACUUGGGGCUGUUGAAUGGCGACGAUCACCAAAUCGACCUCGAAGGCGCCAUUCAUGACGAUCUUGCGGAACUGCAUCUGAUACAGUAG